GGCCAUGAAGAUGGUUAACGGAGGAGGAGGUGCUGGGGGAGGCGGAGGUGUGGGAGGAGGAGAGAAAACUGCUUUCUCCUUUAAGAAGUGUUCGGCAUUUCAGUUUGUCAAGAGAAAGGUAAGGCGAUGGAUGAGGAAUCCCAAGGUGAACGUGGAAAAAACCCAGGGGAAAAACCUUCUCUAUCAAUGCCCAAGGUGUCCACUGGCUGAGGACCUGUGGUACACGCACUACCCUUCACCGUAUGGCUGCUGUCACUAUGCAGGCUUGCAAGGAUGCCAUUAUUACCACCAGGAGCCGUGCUCGCCGUGCACCAAAACAGGGCAACCCAGCGGGCGUGAGAAAGCCAAAAGCUGCAAGGUAAGGAAGUGGAGGAUGCUCUCUCGCCAUCAUAAUGACAGCGCAGUCAAACAGAAGGAGUUGGAGUCAGAUGUUCACAUGGAAGGUUGUCAGUGCUGGGCGCUUCACACAUCACCACUUCUGGCCAGCCCAGUGAUCCUGGAGUGCUCCAUCUGCAGCGGACCCUACAUCAGCUAUGCCAUGGAGGAUAACUGGCAGCCACGUCAACGUACACAGGCGAUGGACCUGUACUAUCAUAAUGAUUCAGACCCGGACAGCUACUGUUGCCCUGGCGACGGCACUUUUAUGAAACAGAGGAGGAUGGGUCUAAAUGACUUUAUUCAGAAGCUGUCCACAAACUCCUACGCCUGCAAGCAUCCUGAGGUGCAGUCUAUCCUGAAUUUGACUCCUCCACAGGAUCCUGAGCUCAUGAAUUCAAACCCCUCUCCUCCUCCCAGUCCAUCCCAGCAGAUCAACCUUGGGCCAUCAUCUAACCCCUCAGCUAAGCCAAGUGACUUCCACUUCCUGAAAGUUAUUGGAAAGGGCAGCUUUGGCAAGGUGCUUCUCGCCCGUCACCGCACAGAUGACCAGUUUUACGCAGUCAAGGUGUUACAGAAGAAGGCUAUUCUCAAAAAGAAGGAGGAGAAACACAUCAUGUCAGAGAGGAAUGUACUGCUAAAGAAUGUCAAACAUCCAUUUUUAGUGGGUCUGCAUUUUUCCUUCCAAACUGCAGACAAACUCUACUUCGUCUUGGACUACAUCAACGGAGGAGAGCUGUUCUACCACCUCCAAAGAGAGCGCUGCUUCCUGGAGCCCAGAGCCAGGUUUUACGCUGCAGAGAUCGCCAGCGCACUGGGGUACCUGCACUCCCUCAACAUCGUCUACAGAGACCUAAAGCCAGAGAACAUCCUGCUGGACUCACAGGGCCACAUAAUCCUCACAGAUUUUGGCCUCUGCAAGGAGAAUAUCGAACCCAAUGGGACUACGUCGACGUUCUGUGGUACGCCAGAGUAUUUGGCUCCUGAGGUGCUACACAAGCAACCAUACGACAGGACAGUAGACUGGUGGUGCUUGGGAGCUGUUCUAUAUGAAAUGCUGUAUGGCCUGCCUCCGUUCUACAGCCGAAACACAGCAGAAAUGUACGACAACAUCCUAAACAAGCCUCUUCAACUGAAACCCAACAUCUCCAAUUCAGCCAGACAGCUUUUGGAGGGGCUGCUACAAAAAGACCGCACCAAGAGACUGGGCUGCACAGAGGACUUUAUUGAAAUCAAGAAACACAUGUUUUUCUCUCCUAUCAACUGGGAUGACCUCAACGCCAAGAAGAUAACGCCUCCCUUUAACCCUAAUGUGACGGGACCUAAUGACCUGCGGCACUUUGAUCCAGAGUUCACGGAUGAGCCGGUUCCCAACUCUAUCGGCUGCUCCCCAGACUGCGCCCUCUCCACUGCCAGCAUAAAAGAGGCAGCUGAGGCCUUUGUGGGCUUUUCUUAUGCCCCUUCCAUGGACUCCUACCUAUAGGAUUCAAAUGGAAUCCAGUACGGACACUAGUUUUCACUCACUGGACGUAGAUUCACUGUGCCAUGUUGUGGACUUGACUUGCAUCUUGACCUCCACCUAUUGUUUCCCAUCAGAUUGAUGGUUUACUCCCAAACCAAGCCCCGUGAUGCACUUCAGCAGCAUGAUGACUUAUCAUAUUCGCUCUAAAACUUGAGUGUUUUCUUUUUUUAAACACUUGCACAGAGGGGAUAUCUGCUGUAAUUAACUGGUUGGGAUUAGUUUUCUCCUCCAUUCCUGAAUCCCCUUUUAGUCUUAAAUUCCCAUCACAAACCGGUUGGUGGAGGAUUUUUGCACAUAGCUCAGGCAGCUUAACGGCUUCCUAUAUGUCCCAACUGACAAGCACACAAACAAAAUGUCCACUCUUUUU